AUGGACGACAAAAUCCUCGAAGCGUCGGCAAAAUACCCCAUCGUUGCCGGCCACACCUACAAGUAUGGCACGGCCGGAUUUCGAAUGAAGGCUGAUUUAUUGACGGGCGUUUCGUUCCGCGUUGGUCUGCUCGCCGGCCUGCGCAGCCGCAAGCUCAAUGGCCAAGCCAUCGGCGUCAUGAUCACCGCCAGUCACAACCCAGCUGCCGACAACGGUGUCAAGAUUGUCGACCCCAUGGGAGAGAUGCUUGAGCAGGAGUGGGAGGCCUACGCUACCCACCUGGUCAACUGCCCUUCCGACAGGGAGCUUCUUGACACCUACAAGGCCCUCGCUGCCCAGCUCAAGAUCGACCUCAACACCCCCGGCCGCGUUGUCUACGGGAGGGAUACUCGACCUUCUGGCCACGGCCUAGUCUCUGCCUUGGCCGCCGCCCUGGAAGCUACAGGCACCGAAUACACCGACUACAAGAUCCUGACGACUCCUCAGCUGCACUACCUGACCCGCUGUGUCAACACCGAAGGCACCCCCAAGGCCUAUGGCGAAACUAGCGAGGCUGGCUACUACAAGAAAUUCUCUGAUGCCUUUGUCCGUGCCUUGCGGGGGAGAAAGGUCCAGGGCCAGCUGACCGUGGACUGCGCCAACGGUGUUGGCGGCCCCAAGUUCGCCGAGAUGCUCAAGGUCAUCCCCAAGGACAAGACCGGCUUUGAUGUCAAGGUGGUCAACGACGAUGUCCUGCGGCCCGAGGUUCUCAACCUUGACUGUGGCGCCGACUAUGUCAAGACAAAGCAGAGAGCCCCCCAGAACCCCAAGCCCGUGGCCGGAGCUCGUUGCUGCUCCUUUGACGGCGACGCCGACCGCCUGAUUUACUACUGGAUCGACCCAGACACCGGCUUCUUCAUGUUGGACGGUGACCGCAUCUCUUCCCUCUGCGCCUCCUUCAUCGGUGACCUCAUUCGCUCCGCCGGCCUCGAGGAUGAGUUACGCAUCGGAGUUGUGCAGACCGCCUACGCCAACGGCGCCAGCACCAACUACAUUGAGAAGCACUUGCAGCUUCCUGUCGUCUUCACUCCCACCGGCGUCAAGCAUCUGCACCAUGCCGCAUGCCAAUUUGACGUGGGCGUCUAUUUCGAGGCCAACGGCCACGGCACCGUCGUCUUUUCUCAGGAGGCCAUGCGCACCUUCAAGGAAAAGGAACCGCAGUCCCCCGCCCAAAAGGACGCGCUUGACACCCUCGCCGCCGUCGGGGACCUGAUCAACCAGACUGUCGGAGACGCCAUCUCCGACAUGCUCAUGGUGGAAGUUGUCCUGGCUCACAAGGGAUGGACCCUCAAGGACUGGGCCAUGACCUACACCGACCUGCCCAACCGCCUGGUUCGCGUCGAGGUUGGCAACAAGGAUCUCUUCCAGGCGACGGAUGCCGAGCGACGCCUCAGCCACCCACCUGGCGCUCAGGAUGAGAUUGACCAGGUUGUUCAAAAGUACACAUCGGCACGUUCAUUUGCUCGUGCCAGUGGCACUGAAAAUGCCUGCCGAGUGUACGCGGAGGCGGCGACUCGCUCCGAGGCAGACGAGCUUGCAAACAAGGUCGCGCAGAUUGUCAAGCAAUUUGGAUCGUAG